AUGGCCUCGCCGCCUCCACACGCCGCCUCGCCGGCCGCCAUGUCGCCGCCCUACCCCUCGCCCGCAUCCAUCCCCAGCAGCAAGAAGCGGACCUCGAGCUUCGACGCGAGCAACAAGCCGCCCGCUCUGAAGCGGCGCAAGGCCUCGACGCUCUCGCAGUCGUCGGUGCCGCUGCCGCUCGCGCACCCCCUGCGGCAGACGUCCUUUCCGCCCCCCGAGGCGCGGUCGCCGGCGCCCACGCGCUCGCCCUCGGUCGACGCCACGUCGCACGUCAGCGGCAGCGCGGUGAGCGGCGCGGCGGCGCGGAAAAAACGCCCCGGCGGCGGCCGCAAGUCGAGGGCGGCCAAGGCUGACGACGCCGCGUCCAGCGUCGGCGGCGGUAAGGCGGCCACAACGGCGUCGGGCCAGGGCGGCGAGAAGGAGGACGACGACGAGGACGACGACAAGGCCGAGAUGGCGCUCGAGCAUGUUGUGGCGCGCACGCAGGAGCAGAAGCAGGAGGAGAUUCGGCUGCGCGCGAUGCUGGUCGAGGCGUUUGAUGGUGAACAGUAUAAUCGCUACGAACUGUGGCGCGCCGCCAAGCUAUCAGAUGCCGUCGUCAAGAGGGUCGUCAACGCCACCGUCUCCCAGUCGGUCCCGCAAAUGGUCAGCACCGCCGUCAAGGCCGUGGCCAAGCUGUUUGCUGGCGAGUUACUCGAGGAGGCGCGCGGGGUGCAGGCCGAAUGGAUCCGCGCCGGCGAGCACCAGAGUGAGCUGCCCACGCCACCACCGGCGGCGGCUGCCGCGACAGACAACGGUGAUGAGGAACCUCCAGCGGAGCAGGACCCGAAGCGCGGCCCGCUGCGGCCAGACCACUUGCGCGCUGCGUGGCUGCGGUACCGUGCGUCCAAGCACAGCCACGGUGUAGGCAUGCAGCAGCUGUGGCACAACCAGCAAGGUAGCGGCGUGGAGCGCUUCUCUGCGCGGACGAGGAAGCAACUGUUCAAGUAG